UCUCUCUCUCUCUCUCUCUCUUUCAAAUCCUCCAUGUGCCCUCCUGUCAUCUUCUCUCUCUCUCUCCUCUUUAUAAUUCAUAUCAUAUCCCACCACACCUCACAUAACAUAACUUAACCCUAUCUCUCUUGAUUUCUCUCUCAUCUCUCUACUAUGGAACAGCAGCAAGGGGGAAAUGAAGCAGAUCAAAGUGGCGGUGGUGGUAAAACGGCGACGAGCUUCCUGUGCAGACAGAGCAGUACGAGGUGGACGCCGACAACCGACCAGAUCAGAAUCUUGAAGGAUCUUUAUUACAACAACGGCGUGAGGUCCCCCACGGCCGAGCAGAUUCAGCGCAUCUCUGCCAAGCUGCGGCAGUACGGCAAGAUCGAGGGCAAGAACGUCUUUUACUGGUUCCAGAAUCACAAGGCCCGCGAGCGCCAGAAGAAGCGCUUCACCGCCGACAUCCCCAUGCACUCUCACAAUCACAUUUACACCAAAUUCCCCCCUCCUCCACCAGGGAAUUUCGCUUCUUCCUCCGCUUCCUCUGCGCCUGCUUUGCUCAAUGUUGGAAGCUACGGAUAUGGAUCUGUGGCCAUGGAGAAAAGCUUUAGGGAAUGCUCCAUAACACCAAGUGCAAAUGUGGGGGGGCAGAAUUUUGCAUGGAUUGGGGUUGAUCCCUACUCUUCGCCCUACCCUUUUCUCGAAAGGAAAAGAUACAUCAACGACCAAACCCUAGAAACGGCGGGGGAAGACGACGACGACGACGACGAGGCGCCGGAGAUCGAGACUCUCCCGCUCUUUCCCAUGCACGGCGACAUCAAGCAGGAGUGGCACCACCGCGGCGACGACGCCAUCGCCGCCGGUUCUAGGGCUUCGUUGGAGCUCAGCCUCAACUCCUACGCGGCCGGAUUCAAUCGCUAAGACUAGGGCUUCAAUAUUUAGGGCUACAUGCAAUAAUUGUAAAGUAUUAAUUAAUCCAUAUCAUAUGAUGCCUACCCUUUCUGAAUUAGGGUCUUUUAAUGAACCUAUAUAUAUAAUUAUGGGAUGAUCCAAUGUAAUUAAUUAAUUAGCUUAAUAUUGUGGGGGCGAUGCCCAAAUUAGCUUGUUGAAUUGAUUACGACCUUGCAUAUGUCAGCUUAUUAAUGAUGAGUUUGGUUAAAGAA